AUGUACAACCAGAAAUUCGGCUCCGAGCGCGUGAGCCAGAUGUUCACCCGGCUCUCUGCUGUCGGAAAAGCAGAGGGCAUCAAUUUCUCCUUUGGUGGGAAUACGGGAAAAACCAGGGAUUCGCAUCGGGUUAUUUGGUUUGCCGGGGAACAAGAAAAGUCCUUCCCUUCAUCAGUCGGGGAGGUCGGGGGAAUCCAGACGCGCGUCGUGGAGAAUCUUUUCCGGGCGUAUUUUGAAGAAGAAAAGAAUAUUACCCAUCGGGACGUUCUCGUUGAUGCGGCUGUGAAGGCGGGGCUGGAGCGUAGUUCUGUGGAUGCGUUGUUGGAUACUGAUGAAGGUGGUGAGGAGGUUGAUGGUGAAGCUGGAAAUGCGGCCAGGAAGUUGGUUUCUGGUGUGCCGUUUUUUGAAAUUGGGAGGUAUGUUGUUGAGGGCGCGGAUGAGCCAGAGACGUUUUUGGAGAUUUUUGGGAAGGUUCGGGAUGGACAGUGA